AUGUCAUCCUCUAUAUUCACAUCCAGUUCUAUCGCCAGCAGCAGCGCGCGGGGCAGCAGUAUGUGCGGCGGAAGCAGGGGCGUCCUCAGCCGCAGCGCCACCCGCCCAUACCGCCCGUCCACGGGAACAGGCAGUGGAGGAGGCGGAGCCGCGGGCGGCGGAGGAGGGGGAAGGAUUAGCGGCAUUGCGAGGGCGGUUAGUCUAGGGAAUGAUAUGGGGACAGUGGCUGUCCCCGUUAUUGGCAAACAGCAGUUUCAGCAUAAGUCUGGCGGGACAACCCCUGGUGGGAGCAAGGGCACGUCCCCCAUACACGGUGCAGACGGUCCCGUUAUGAGGACGGAGCCUUUCAGUAGAGCAGGCGCCGCUGCAUACCUGCAACGGUUCCAUUCCCCCCAGGUAGCCUCCCCUGCUCCAGCAGCAGGAGCAGCAGCAGCAGCAGGAGGAGUUGCAACAGCAGGUGCAGCAGGAGGGAUUGCGGACACCCCUCCUCGCACGCACGUCCGCCGUCGAUCCGCGGACUUGCGUUCGAACCUCUCCCUCUCGCACUCCUCUUCCGUCCCUGACGGUUCUACAGACGCCACAGCCCCUACCCUGGCUAGAGCCGGUGGCUCAGGGCCUAUCACGCCCCAUCUGCCCGCUUCUGCUUCCGUCCCCAGUGGAAGGGGAGGGGGAGCGAGAGGGGGAGGCGGAGGAGGAGAGGGAGGGUCUACGACGAGCAGUCCGGGCCGGGAUUGGUCGGAGCAGCUGUCUAUGACUGAUGCGCCUUUCCUGCCUGGUAGGUGCCACCUCACCUCUGCGUUGACCACCCUCCACCAAUCCCCUGCGUUGACCUCCCUCCAACCCUGCGUUGGCCUCCCUCGUGUUGACCUGCCUCCUGCUUCCGCCAUCGUUUACCUCAGCUCAUCGUGCUUCGACCUCACAGCGUGCCCCUCAUUGGCGUUGGAGUGGAACGACCUCUUUUUCGCCGUACAAGACGCCAUGGCUGCGUAUGACACGCUGCUGCUGGCGCCGCUGACCACUGGCGCGCUGCCACGUGGCAGCGAGGUGAAGGAGCUGCAGCAGAUGGCGGAUGAGCUGGCAGGCAUGGCCCGGGACAGGAUGAACGGCUCAGAUGAGGGCGACGCCCGCCGCUGCCCUCUGCUGCUAGUCCGCCUGUUUGCUCAUUGCAUCACUCCCAUUGCACUCCCAGGAUCCUCAUCGCAUCCCCCUUUCCGUCACCCCCCCCCCCCCCCUUCCUCCUUGUUCCGCCCUGCUCCCCUCUUUCAGGGCGACGCCCGCCGCUGCCCGCUGCUGCUGGUGCGCCUGUUUGCUCUGCGGGUGAAGCAGGAGACGCAACAGCUGUUGACCGCCGUUCGCGCAGCAGCAGAGGGGGCAGGAGAGGAGGAUCUCACGGUUCUGAGGGAUAGCCAGGAGUUGGGAGGCGUUCAGAGGAAGGUGGGCGGAGAAGCUGCGGGGGCAGCUGGGGAGGGUGUAUCUGCGUGUAGGGAUGGGCUGGGGGAGGCUGUAUCUGGUGCAGGGGGAGGUGGUGGGGGGAGGGAGGUGCCUCUGCUGGUGUGUCCUCAAAAUGACUGGGCUAGGCUGAGUGCUGAGUGUGACAGUAACAAAGGGGGCGCGUUGAAAGAGGUGAUUGUGUGGGACGAUGGGAUGGGGGAGCUACGGAAUCUGUUCAAGUCAGCAGCAGCUGCUACUGCUGCUGCUGCUGCCGCUGCUCCUAGUCCUGUUGGUGCCGCUGCUGGUGGGUUCAGUAGUGGGAAGGAUGAAGGGGGGGAUGAGAGUAGCAGGGAGGUAUCACCGAGAUCGCCUAGAGGGCCCUUGGCAAGGGAUGACGAGAGCAGGAAGAGCAGCAGCGGCGGCAGCACUGUUGGCAAACCUGCAGCAACCUCACGCGGAACUUUCAAUCAUGGGGCAUCUUCUUCCAUGGCUCAAGGCAGCAGUCGCCCCAACCAGCGCCUGUGCUCACAGAUCUUAUUAGAUCGCAUAUCAGAUCUGAUUUGGUACACCAAGUGGGUGGGUUGUAGCGACCCUGACGACCUCCCACUGGCCUGUAUCCCCUCUGUAGUGCCGGUGACCAUGCUUCUUAACGAGUUGGGCGCCCCUAGGUCUAAGGAAUCCGAUCUGCUCAUGUGUCACCGCUCUGAACUCCUCCGUCUCGUGCUCCCGGACUUUAGGGAGAAAGUGCAGCAGCGAUUGGUGGAGAGGGAGUUGGGUUGGAUGAGCGAGGGCAGUGGGGUAAGAGGAGGGGUGGUAGGAGGAGGAGGUGUAGGAGGAGGGAGAGCAGCAGCAGUGAACGUUAGGGUUUCCAAAGCCGCAGCUGCCGCUGCCGCCGCCGCUGCUACUGCUGCUGGUUCUAGUGGGGCAGGAACUCCCACUGGUCGAUCGAAUCUUCCCGGCACUCCCACCACCCCCUCCGCUGCUGCUAUAGCAGCCCAGCGGGAAGGGAAAAUAGGCGGGCAGAUCGGGAGCACCAUAUAUGAGAGCGGCCGAAGCGACGCCACAGGUUCGGACGGCAGCAGCUUCAGCUUCGGCAAGCUGUCCGGCCGAGCCUCCGACCGAGCCUCCGACCGAACCUCCUGCCCAACCCCGGGCCUGGCUCCCCCCACUGCCAACCCUUGGGCACGGAUGGGCGGGCCCUUCGGAACAGGAUCGGGCAUGGGCAUGGGGAUGGGGAUGGGCAUGGGGAUAAGUAUAGGUGUGAUGGGUGCAGGGCUGUCCCGGCAAAUCCCUUUGGAAGAGAUUUUAGCAGCUACAGACUCGUGGGAUCCGAGGAGAAAGCUUGGAGAGGGCGGGUUCGGGUGUGUCUAUAGAGGGGAUGCUGCUAACGGGGAGGUGUGGGCGGUGAAGCGCGCGAAUACGGUUUCAGACGAGCAGCUGGAGGAGUUUGAGAAAGAGGUGUCAUUCAUGAGUCGCAUGGCCCACCAGCAUCUCGUGCGACUCAUAGGCUUCUGGGCGGACUGUGACGAGCGAAUCCUCGUCUACGAGUUCAUGCACAGCGGCAUGCUCUCCUCUCGCCUCCACCGCAGCGCCUCCCACCUCGCCUCCUCCCACCCCGCUUCCGAAGCCCACGCCAAAGACAGCAAGCCGUUCUUCAAGCUCUACCCGUCAUCUGCCUCGACUAGCAAGGCCGCUUCUGCUGCUGCUGCGCGUGCGUUGGACCUCCCACCUCCUCUGACGUUUGAUGAAAGAGUGAGCAUCGCUGUAGGAGCCGCAGAGGGGCUGCGAUACCUGCACGAUUUCGCUGCCGAUUCUGUGAUCCACCGCGAUAUCAAAUCGGAUAAUAUCUUAUUAACAGAUAAGCUCCAGGCGAAGAUUGCGGAUUUCGGGCUGCUGAAAUCGGCUGAUCUGGGAGGGCCAGGAGGGGGCGGUGCGGGGGUAAGCCACACCCGACUCAUGGGCACCCCGGGGUAUUGCGACUCAAAAACCUACAUCGCGUCGGCAGAAAGUGAUGUUUAUAGUUUCGGCGUGGUUCUUUUGGAGCUGAUUACAGGGCAGCGGGCGAUUUUAUCUGAGAAUAGAAAGAAGGGCAUAGCAGGCAGCAUGGCGGCUUUGCUGUGGCUGAGACCGGGCGUGGGGGGGAAGACGCAGCAGCAGAAGGAGAUGGAGAUGCUGGGCUUUAAGAAGAACAAGAAGUCGAGUAUGCGGGCCAUCACGACGCUCGUCAGCUGGGCCAUUCCGCUGAUAGCAGCAGGCAAGCUCAAGUCAGUGGUCGAUCCAGCCCUCGAAAACAACUACCCCCCGGGAGCAAUGAAAGCGCUCGCCAGCGUGGCAGCCAUGUGCGUCCAAAAGAGUGCCGCCCAGCGACCGUCCAUGGCUGAGGUGGCAACUCGCCUCUCCGCCAUCCAGCACAAGGUGCAAGAUUUGCAUAUUCAGGGAGAAGAGCCCAAGUAUAACUUCCAGCCCACGCUUGCCGGCCCCUUACCUACUUCUGCCUCUACUGGUGGUGGUGCUGCGGCUGGUGGUGCUGCUGCUGGUGCUGUUGUUGCUGGCCGGUGGGGGAGUGGGGGCGGGGGAGGGAGUGGGGGAGGAGGUGGAGGAGGAGGAGGGGGAGGAGGGUCUGGGUCAGGCAGUAGCAGGAGUUUCAGUAGGACCGUUUCGGCUCCUGCCCAGCGGGUUGACCAGGCAGGGGGUGGUGGGAGUGGAAAGGAGAAGAAGAAGCAUCGGUACCAAGAGGUGGGCAGACCAGCAGGGAGCAAGGAGGGGACGGGAGAGAGUGGGAAGGAGGGUGCUGUUGGAAGGGAUGGGAAAGGCAAGGGGCUGUCGCGGCGGGAAUCGUCUAAAAGCGCGAGUAAAUCCAGUCUGCCUCUGCUUUCUGCUGGUGAUGCUGUAGAGUUUAGCUCGCAACAUGUUACAAACAGAUACAUGGCUGGGGGUGCGGGGGGGUUUUAA